CACCUAGGAAGUGCAAGUCAGGUGAUAAUGUAGCAGGAGCUCAUGAGUUAGAAUGAACACAGAAAUUCAGUGUUUACUGCUUUUAAGUAUUUUUCUCUCUGCACUUGUUUGUUCAUGCGACGAAUACUAUUUAUAUGAUGAAUUCGGACUAGGACGAUCGUUUGAUGGCAUUGGUGGUUUAAGUGGCGGUGGGGCAACAUCGCGUUUACUAGUCAAUUAUGCGGAACCGUAUCGCAGUCAGGUACUGGAUUACCUUUUCAAGCCUAAAUUUGGUGCUUCAUUACAAAUACUAAAAGUUGAAAUAGGAGGCGAUGCUCAGACCACAGAUGGAACUGAACCCUCCCAUAUGCAUUAUGAAGAUGAUGAGAAUUACUUUAGAGGUUACGAAUGGUGGCUAAUGAGUGAAGCCAAGAAGAGGAACCCAAACAUCACCCUCAUAGGUUUGCCCUGGGCUUUUCCCGGAUGGGUGGGAAAUGGUGAAAAUUGGCCCUAUGGUUUCCCUGAUAUCACUACCUCUUAUGUGGUGUCAUGGAUUAUUGGGGCCAAGCAGUACCAUGACUUGGACAUUGAUUAUGUCGGGAUAUGGAAUGAACGGAGCUUUGACACUAAAUACAUAAAGAUUUUGCGAUACACACUGGAUAAAAGUGGCCUGGAGAGAGUUAAAAUAAUUGCCAGUGAUAGUCUCUGGGAGCCAAUCAGCUCCUCUGUUGUUGCUGACAGUGAACUCAGAGAUGCUGUUGAUGUUUUAGGGGUUCAUUACCCCGGUACCACCAGUUCACCUGAAGCCCUGAAGACAGAAAAGAAACUGUGGUCCUCUGAAGACUACAGUACUUUUAAUAAUGACGUUGGCGGAGGCUGCUGGGCGCGAAUUCUCAACCAGAAUUACGUCAAUGGCAGAAUGACAGCGACCAUAUCCUGGAACCUUGUUGCCAGUUAUUACGGAAACCUUCCCUUUGGAAGAGAUGGACUAAUGACUGCAAAUGAGCCAUGGAGUGGAAAUUAUGUUGUUGAGUCCCCCAUCUGGAUAACUGCUCACACUACCCAGUUUACUGAGCCUGGCUGGAAGUACCUGCAGACUGUUGGACAGCUGAUGCACGGUGGGAGUUAUGUUGCACUGACUGAUGGGAAAGGAAAUCUAAGCUUAAUCACUGAAACCAUGACUCAUGAUCACUCUGUGUGUAUAAGACCUCCACUACUUCCCUAUAAUGUCUCGGCACAGAAUGUAACGUUUCAUCUGAGAGGGUCUUUCGCUUCCAUUAGUGAGCUGAAGGUGUGGCAUUCAAAGUUUGAUUUCAAAGGAGACAAGACAGUCCUGUUCCAAAAUCUUAAGCCUGUUAAAGUUAUUGAGGGGUCUUUCAGCAUAGAGCUCGAUGUUGAUGAAGUCUAUACUUUUACCACUAUCACAAAUGGUCAGAAAGGGAGUUAUCCAGAUCCUCCACUCUCUGCUCCCUUUCCUAAAACUUAUAAAGACGAUUUUGAUGUCCAACAUCCUUAUUUCUCAGAGGCUCCCAACUUUGCCGAUCAGACGGGUGUUUUUGAGUACUUCACUAACCUGACGGACCCCGGCCCUCAUGUUUUUACUUUGAGACAGGUGGUCACUCAGCGCCCUGUGACCUGGGUCGCAGAUGCUGAUCAGACAAUCAGCGUUAUUGGUGAUCAUAACUGGCAGGACUUGAUGGUAUCGUGUGAUGUGUACAUGGAGACUGUGCGCACUGGUGGGGUCUUUAUUGCGCUCAGAGUGGAUAAAGGUGGAGGUGUGGUCCGCAGUGCAAAGGGGAUCUUCUUCUGGGUGUACGCAGAUGGCACCUAUAAAAUCACCAGUGACCUUAGAGGAAUAAUCAUUCUUGCUGAAGGAUUCUCUGGAACUAGAGCACAUGUAUGGUACACCUUGACCCUCACAGUCGAGGGAGACUAUGCAUCUGCAGAACUCAAUGGCUCACCUCUCUGGAAAAAUGAAGUGCCCUCGGAGUCAAGAAAUGGAUGGGCGGCCAUUGGCACUAGUUCCUUUGAACUCACACAGUUUGAUAAUUUUGCUAUAAAGGCAGAAUAACUCCCAGCCUUGUCUUUGUUUUGACAUUGUUGUGAAAACGCUGAACAAGCAUUUUAAGGGUUGUGACUGAUUUGCAUAUAAACAGAUUUAAUGGUUAAAUUAGGUUUUCAGUUAUGUAGCACUGCGACUUAAUAGAAAGUAACAAUUUAAACCAGUUAUGUGAUUCAUUGUAAAAAUGUAAAAUUAUUUAUUAUAAUUAAUUUAUUUGUGAAUGUUUUUCACUCAAACACAUGAUUCUGUUUAAUAAAUU